AUUCUGUGUUUUGUCGCGGCGUCGGGUGUACGCGUCUCCCGGUGUCAGUAUAGCGGUGGCGGUGGUGGUAAUGUUUUGCGCCCGAACGUCGUCCCGUUGACAAGAGGACAGUGCUGCGAGAACAUGCCGACGACGCCGGAAUGCGACUACGACCUGGUGUCGCACGAGGGCCUGCUGGCCCUGCUGCGCAACGAGCCGAAGAACAUCGUCGUGUUGGACUGUCGCAGCUCGAACGAGUACGGCGAGUCGCACAUACGCGACGCGGUCAACUUCUCGAUACCGUCCAUCAUGCUGAGGCGGUUGGCGGCCGGCAAGAUCGACCUGGCCGCCACCAUCAAGUGUCGCGAGCUGAAGCACAAGAUAUGCAACGCGUACAAGGAGAACCUGUUCGUUUUGUACAACGAUCUGGCCGGGGUGCAGCAUCAGAGUGAUUCCGUGCUCGGUGUGUUGUUGAGGAGGCUGACGCAAGAUGGUUGCCGUGUCGCAUGUCUCGAAGGUGGAUUCCCGUCGUUCAGACAGUCGUUCCCGGAGUGGUGCGACAGCUGUUCGGAGCUGAUGGACGCGGACGGGGGCGGGGUGCCGGCCCUGUGCCAGGAGCCGCUGCCGCUGAUGGGGCUGAAGUCGCUGAGGAUCUCGGCGCCGCCCCACCGGCCCCAUCGCAGCUGCGACAGCCUCUCGUCCGCCGCCAACAGCUCCACCGACAGCUCCGACACGGACGACCGCUGCGACAGCUCCCUAGGUUUGGAAGACGACCGCGAGUUCCCCGUGGAGAUCAUACCCCAUUUGUUCCUGGGCAACGCCGCCAACAGCGAGGACAGCCAGGCCCUGGCGAAACACAGUAUAACGUAUAUUUUGAACGUGACCCAAGAUUUACCCAACGUUUUUGAGCACGGGGGCAACAUCAGGUACAUGCAGAUCCCCAUCAAUGACCAUUGGUCGCAGAAUCUGGCCAGUUACUUUCCGCAGGCCAUUGAAUUUAUUGACGAGGCGAGAUCUCGACAGAAGGGCGUGCUGGUCCACUGCUUGGCGGGCGUCUCGCGCUCGGUCACCAUCACCGUCGCCUACCUGAUGCGCAAGUGCUCGCUCAACCUGAACGACGCGUUCAACGUGGUGCGAGCCCGCAAGUCGAACAUCGCGCCCAACUUCCACUUCAUGGAGCAGCUGUACAACUACGAGAAGGAACUGAACCUGGACGUCGCCUCCAACAGUCCCGCCCCUUUACUCGAGCAAAUCAGGCUGGAGCAGAAGAACCGGCACCGACGGCCGUACGACAGCAAGCGCAACGGCGUGUGCCAGAACUGCGGCCUGGCCCGCGACUGCAAGUGCGGCCAGCACACCGAGUUCCUCAGCCCGCUGGCCUCCAUAGGCGUCAGCCCCGACUCGGGCAUCGAGUUCGACCGGUGGGGCACCGGCACGCCGGCCGACUGAGACACCCGGGGGGGAUCGCAGUGGAAGUUUUAGGUCGCCCGUCGGCUGCGCAGUCCUCCCUCGUACCGUCUCCUCGUGUCUUGAAAUAUGAAUGAUGUUAACGCAUUUUUUCCACUCCUUUCGUUUUAUUUUAUGUUAUUGUUAUGCAAAGUUGGGGUCGUGGAUGUGUGCGGGGCGGCGCCGUCCUUAUCUUGUUGCGGUCGUCGUCGUUCGCACCGGGUGCGUCACACCAGUAUUAUUUGCAUUUUACUUUGUUUACGGAAAAAAACCCUUUUUACUAUUUUUAGAGUAUAUAUUUUUAUACGGAAUUGCGCAAUAUUUAUGAACUGAGUCUAUUGUAUUGGGUGUUAAUUUCGAAACUAAUGCAGUAGUAAGGCGUUGUUACGUUUUUUAUUGUUCUGUACGUCUUCCAAAAGUUACAAGUUUAAACGUGCUACCUGUACGUUGUACGUUCCCCCUACCUUUGUACUUAGGGCAACUAGAUGAUAUGUUUUCCCUUUAUUCAAUUAACAACAACAACUUAAAAAUAUGCACACAUGAAAGAGUAUUAUUUAAACGUCCUCCAAAGAUUUAUAUAAAUAACACAGUACUGUGGGUACUGACUUUAGGAAUAUACAUUAAUUUUAAUGUAGUCACUCAGCAGACUAGUUUUUAAGCCACGUACACUUGUAUAUCGUGAUUUGUUUUAUAAAAUCAUUGAUGAUUUUAAUGUACAAAUAUGUAUGCAAACAUACUUGUCAUAUUAAAACCAUAUCAUAGUUGUAGUAUUUUGUAUGUUGUUAAUUUGCCUGAUAAUGUAACAUCACUAAAGUAACACGUAGGUUUAUAAUUUUGCUAAUGUUUAGGUGUUAUUUGAAUGUAUGCUUGCAUAUGUACCGGUACAGAAGGUUGGAUAUUUUUUUAGACGUUUGUAACAAAUCCGAAACUUCAAAAAAAUCACUUUAGAUGUACAUAUACAAGUGCCAUAUUUAAUUUAUUAAAUAUUUUUAUAUAAAUAUAUAUAUAUUAUAUCUUGCCAUAACUUUCCCAGGAGUUAUAGAGAAUCAGAAUUCCAAAUCUAGAUGAGAUGUCUAUAUUUUUCUUAACAAAACUAAAAUUAUCUAUGUAAAUAUGAGUCCUUUUUCAUUUUUACUGUUUAAGGUAAAUUAGGCCCAUACAAACGUUGUACGUCCCUUAAAAUGGCAAUAUUAAUUAGGGGAAGUGGAAGAGAAAAUAUCAUGAGAUAAUUAGGAUUAAGAAACUUGUGAUACUUUUGUGUUUGGAUGACCGAUACAACUUUUGUAUGGGCUGAUAGAGUUAAUGAACGGAAUUUUGCACUGCUUGAAGUUUCUCAGUUGUUACGUUUACUAUUGAUACGAGAGCCCGAUUGUGAAAUGUUCAAUGUUUCGGUUCAGUCUUCUAUUUUUGCCUUCCACGAGAAAUAGUUGUUGGGUAUUUUGCGAUUUGUGGCUACGACAAAGCAGGAAUAUUACAUAGAAAUUAAGGACUAAGUAUGACUUUAAGAUUAAAACAUUGUUAAUGUAUAUGAUCAGUGGUUGUACAAAGUCUUUUCAGGGGCAUUGUUUAGAAGCGUUACAAGUCAAUACAUGCACCAAAGAGCGUUUGUUGCCCUUUUUGCAGGCCACUGUAGAUAUAUAUUUUCAAAUAUAUUAUAUAAAGAUAUGUAAAUGUUUUUAUGUUUACAAAAUUUUCUAAUUAAGAGACAUUCCUAAUUACCUUUAACACUUGUUAUUAUAAUGUUUCAUAUUUUUAUUCUUCCAUUGUCAUAAAAACAAAUUUAUAUGUUAUUUUAUAUGUCGAUAUUUAUAAAUUAAUGUUUCUUCAUAAUAUUUGAAAAAUAAAUUUUUAAUGUGA